GUUGACUGUGGAUUGGAGAGCCGUAGACUGACAAGGGAAGGUCCCUCAAGUCGUUCUUUACUCCUUUCUUGGUCAUAUCGAAGGCCGGUUUUGCCUUUAAACGGUAGUUACGGGCUUAGUGAGACGCUUGCCCGACACCUAGACCGAAGCACUCCGCGGAACCGUCUAUCGUUCGUGCAUCCUUCUCGAUGCCAAGCUCAACGUCCCGCCUAUUCUCUUCCGCGUCGUCGUCGUCGUCAUCCCUCACCGAUGCCUCCAUCUCCACCCGCAAGUUCCUCUACCCCUGCGAGCGACCCUGUCAACGUCGAUCAUCGCAAACGCCGCCGCAAUCGGACGACCCAGUCGUGUCUCAAUUGCCACACCACGAAGCGCAUGUGUGACCGGAAACGGCCUUGUUCUCGAUGCACGCAACUCGGUCUCUCUGGGAAUUGCGUCUAUGAGAUUGACGAUCCAGAGAAGAGAGUAGCCAAGAGCGAUCAAGAGACCCGAUUGACUAAUCGGAUUGCUGAACUCGAGGGGGUCAUUCGCGAGCUGAAGAACAAGCCCCAUCCUCGGUGGCUUUCCGGGAAGUCAUCAACUACAAGUGACGUGCACUCGAUCCGUUCAUACUCUCCUGGCUCGACUUCCUCGGACGGGCCGUCGUUCGCACUGUCUCCAAGAUCGGAAGUUCCCGAAGUUUCUGCGCCCUCGCACUUCCACAGACCAGGGAUGUGUGGGUGUCUGAACAAUCUGUCCUGCUACAAUGCCAUGCUGGAGCUUUCGCUCGGGCUCCGGCAGGCGGCCGAUGUUCUCGCACGCUCGUCAAGCCACCGCGGAAACCAAGGCUGUGCGCUGACCGUGUGCAUCGCGGAGAUGGACAACAUGCUCAAGAACUCGCUGCUCAACGACAUCCCUCCCCCGACGGCGGAACAGCACCAUCCAGUCUACUUCGAUCACUCGAUCCCUGAUCCCUGCAACUCCUUCGUGUGGGACGAGAGCUUUGCGAACGAAGAUUUUAUGUCGUGGUUACCCGGAGGCCCAUUCGGGGGUGGGAGAUAGAACACGCUCGUACAAUGACUUUAACAAACUGUAUUUUUAUCAAUCGAUAGGGGCCUCCUCGGACUUGCCGUGGAAUGGAUUUUAUAUGGCUUAACUGCAGACAUGCUGCGAUCAAGUUCCUCGCAGAGGUGGGAGGGUAGCUGCG